AAUUACCUCUGCCCUGCACCGUCUGCGCAUGCGCCAAACCUCCACCAUCUCCAACAGUUAAACCUGCCGUGGUUUAGCUACUCCACCUGAAUCCCAUAUCAUAAGAGAAACUAGGCCGUGUUUAAUAAUUAAUCUCGUCAUACUUGGAAAUGUCACAUUAAAGAGCUGAGGAGGAGACGUGUUUGCUCUGCAGCUGCACGGUGCCUGCUCCUGCAUGAAGACGGAUAUCUCUCUUACACUUCUGGGUUUAUUCUAGUUUGUUUAUCACGUAAGUGUUCACAAUGAUGUGCACGUUAAAGAGGAUGUUGCGACCCGCGUGGGCUCAGACUCAGACUCAACUGGCGUGGAGAUACAAGGUGCAGAUCCGCGCAUGUAGCUCUGCAACUAUCCAGACACAAGAUGACAGUCUUGUGCUGGACUACAGAGGGACACGGAUGCAUUUUAACUACGUGUGGCUGCGGGAUCACUGCCGCUCUGCGUCUUCAUACAACUCCAAGACUCACCAGAGAAACGUGGACACCGGGGGCAUAGACCUCAACAUCCGCCCUGACAAUACAGCUGUGCAGGAGGGACAUCUCAUCCUCACGUGGCCCGGAGGUCAUGUGUCAAAGUACAGCCUUAGCUGGCUCGCUGAGAACAGCUACGAAGGAAAGAAGCAGGCCAUCGUCCAGCCACGUAUCCUUUGGAAUUUGGACAUCUAUAAGAAUGCAAACGUACCCUCAUCCAAAUGGGACAAGUUUAUGAGCUGUGAUGAUGAAGUAAAGAAGUUUCUUCAGAACUACCUCCUGUAUGGGAUCGCUUUUGUAGAUGAUGUCCCAGUUACAGUCGAGGCCACAGAGGCAGUUACCCAGAGGGUCAGUCUCAUCAGGGAGACGACAUAUGGAAGAAUGUGGUGUUUCACCUCAGAUUUUUCCAGAGGAGAUUCUGCCUACAGCCAGCUGGCCCUGGACCGUCACACUGACACCUCCUACUUUCAGGAGCCAUGUGGAAUCCAGGUUUUCCACUGCCUCAAACAUGAGGGAACUGGAGGACGGACACUACUUGUGGACGGGUUCUACGCCGCUGAAAAAGUACGUCAGAGGUCUCCUGGAAACUUUGAGCUGCUUGCCCGCAUUCCCAUCAGGCACGAGUACAUUGAAAACACUGACAACCACCAAAACCACAUGACGGGCAUUGGUCCCCUGCUCAACGUCUAUCCUUGGAACAAUGAAAUGUACCUGAUUCGAUACAACAACUAUGACAGAUCAGUGAUAAACACAAUACCUCAUGAUGUUGUUCGGCGAUGGUAUGUGGCACAUCGAGAGUUGACGACAGAACUAAGGCGGCCAGAGAACGAGCUGUGGGUAAAGCUGACUCCAGGGAAAGUGAUUUUCAUAGACAACUGGCGCGUCAUGCAUGGGAGGGAGUCUUUCACCGGCCUGAGGCAGCUCUGUGGAUGCUACCUGACCAGAGACGACGUCCUCAGCUCUGCACGCUGCUUCGGUCUGCAGGCCUGAUCCCGGACAUGAAGCGCCUUUCACCACUGUGCCUAUAGAUUAGCCUGUGUGUUCAAGGUUCAUUUUUUGCCAUUGUACAACACAAACUUGGAUAACAUGUAAUGCAAGCUGUAGUUCCUUUAUGCUAUAUGAUGGAAUACGGAGGAUAAGUUAAGGGCUUGCUUGCCAGACAGCAGCAGGGUAAUCAGGCUCUGCUGAAGUACCUCCUUUGCCUCCUUUUCUGUAAAACUAACACUCUUUUUGCCAGAUUUGCACAAAAAGCCGUAUUUUGUUCAACAAUCAACAGUCCUGCUUCCUGUUGUAUUUUACUCACCCUUGCUCUUCAUUUUUUAAUUAACAUUCAUUGAUUGUAUUUCCUGAACUACACUUGAAACAAAUGUAUAAGCUCACAAAUGGCUUGAUAUUGUUGAGCUCAUGCGUCAUAUGAUCACAUUAAAUGUUAUCAUGGAGAGUUGGAUUGCACAAAAUACAUAAA